AUGUUCACUCCACCCCAUGCCAACGGAACAAACGGGAGCCUCGGCAGUCCAGGCGCCUCACGCGACCGGAACUGGUAUCAAGUGACAGUCGAUCAGGCCACAGGUUUACCCGAUGUUGACCCGGUCGUGUUGCCCAAGAUCUCGCCCCGCCUGGAGGAUGCAGAGGACUUCGACGACUGGUACGACGAAGUGGUGAACAUCUUGACAGACCACAAUCUCCACCUCUUGAUCGACGCAAGUCUUCCCCGCCCAUCGCGCAGUGAUCCCACCCGACAGCAAUGGCACGAGCUGUCAUGCCAGGUCGCCAAAUGGCUCGAACUGAGCGUAAGCAACGAGUUCUAUCUUGAGAUUCGUGGCUACGGCAAUGAUGUGUACCUGGCAGAUGCCUUUAUGGCGAAUACCAAGAAGCACUUCAGCGGGAAGCAUCAUAGAGCUUUGAAACCUGCUAUGAUGAGAUUUCUCAAUACCCGACGGGCCGAUUUCGAUAAUACCAGCGACUUUAUCUCGGCUCUGGAGGAUAACUUCUCUGUCGCAAAUGCUCGCGGUGCCAUGUUUACGCCGUAUCUUGCUCUCUGUCUUAUGCUUCGGGAGUUAUCAACCGUUUUAGCGCUUGAGGCUUUUAUUGAUCUGAAGGAAAGGGAGCUGUAUGCUGUCAGUGAUCCCCAGGUCAACAUCACUGAGGCGCGCUUUCACGAAUCUUGCAGUACUAUCAUCAACCAUGUGAAGCGGGCAGGUAUUGACGCUCUCUGUUGA